AGAGGGCGCGGAGAGGCGGCGAGAGCCGCGGAGAGCGGGAGCUGAGCGGGGAAGCGGCCAGGCGGGGGUAUUUUAAAGAAGAGGGGAGGGGGGGUGAAAAGCGCAGGAAAGGGCAGGGAAGGAAAGGGAAGGGAGGAAGAGGAAAGGAAGAGUGUGGUUUAAAAAAAAAAAAGAGGGAGAGAGAGAGAGGAAGGAAGGGAGAGAGGGAGAGAAUCCUCUGCUGCCCCCUCCCCCUCCCUAAAAAAGAAGAAAAAAAAUUAGCUAGACCGAGGGGAGGGGGGCUCCCGGCGAAAAAUAAAUAAAAUAAAGAAAACGGCAGGAGCGGCUCCAGGCGGCAGCGGCAGCAGGGCAGCGACGGCGGCAGCCGAGGCGGAGGCAGGCGGCAGGCAGGGUCCCCUCGCUCCCCGCUCGCCCCCGGCGCCCGGUCUGCCGCCCCCCGCCCGCCCCCUGCCUCCCUCCCCGGCAGCCCGCAGCGAGACGCGCCGCUCCCCAGCACUUUUUUGGGCCCGAGAUAUGGCAAUGGUAGUUAGCAGCUGGCGAGAUCCGCAGGAAGACGUGGCCGGGGGCACCCCGAGCGGCCCCAACCCCGCCGCGGCGCAGCCUGCCCGGGAUCAGCCGCCCCAGCAGCAGCAAGGCGGGGGCUCGGCAGCCCCGCACACCCCGCAGACCCCCAGCCAGCCGGGACCCCCCUCCACACCGGGCACGGCAGGGGACAAGGGAGCGGGCCAGCAGGGCUCGGGGCAGAGCCAGCAGCACAUCGAGUGCGUGGUGUGCGGGGACAAGUCCAGCGGCAAGCACUACGGCCAGUUCACCUGCGAGGGAUGCAAAAGUUUCUUCAAGAGGAGCGUCCGCAGGAACUUAACUUACACAUGCCGCGCCAACAGGAACUGUCCCAUCGACCAGCACCACCGCAACCAGUGCCAGUACUGCCGCCUCAAGAAGUGCCUCAAAGUGGGCAUGAGGCGGGAAGUUGCAAGCUUGUGCAUUCACUGUGCAACGCUGACUGCAGGCUUUUGCAGUGGCAACAGCGCACCAAAGAUAUUAAUUACACCGUCCCCUUUUUUUUCCACGAAUGUUUGGCUAUUCGGUUCAGCGAGGAAGGAUGCCACCCACCCAGCCCAACCCCGGCCAGUACGCCCUGACCAACGGCGACCCCCUGAACGGGCACUGCUAUCUCUCGGGAUACAUCUCCCUGCUGCUGCGGGCCGAGCCCUAUCCCACUUCCCGCUACGGCAGCCAGUGCAUGCAACCCAACAACAUCAUGGGCAUCGAGAACAUCUGCGAGCUGGCCGCCCGCCUGCUCUUCAGCGCCGUCGAGUGGGCCCGCAACAUCCCCUUCUUCCCCGACCUACAGAUCACCGAUCAGGUAGCUCUGCUGCGGCUCACCUGGAGCGAGCUCUUCGUCCUCAACGCUGCCCAGUGCUCCAUGCCCCUCCAUGUGGCCCCGCUCCUGGCGGCUGCCGGCCUCCACGCAUCCCCUAUGUCGGCGGACCGCGUCGUCGCCUUCAUGGACCACAUCCGCAUCUUCCAGGAGCAGGUGGAGAAGCUGAAGGCGCUCCACGUCGACUCGGCCGAGUACAGCUGCCUGAAAGCCAUCGUCCUCUUCACCUCAGACGCCUGCGGCCUGUCGGAUGCUGCGCACAUCGAGAGCCUUCAGGAGAAGUCCCAGUGCGCGUUGGAGGAGUAUGUGCGGAGCCAGUACCCCAACCAGCCCAGCCGCUUCGGGAAGCUGCUGCUGCGGCUGCCCUCACUGCGCACCGUCUCCUCCUCUGUCAUCGAGCAACUCUUCUUCGUCCGCUUGUGCUCCUAGAGCCCGGCCCGCACCCCCAGGAGAAAAGCGGAGGAGCGGCAGAGGCGGGAGAGCUCGCACCGAGGGGCAGUCGGGGUGCGGGGGGGGCCCGGGAGGCGGACAUCGAACAAAAGAAAGGGCCGAGUAGGAGCAGAGGUGUGGCCGUGGCGGGGAAGGACGGGCCUCGCGUCCGUAGAGGUCGUGGUGUUUCGCUUUUUUAUUUUUGGUCUUUUUCUUUUUUUCGGAAAGGAGGACAAAAAAAAACAUAAAUAAUAAUAAAAGAGAUGAAAAAAAGGCAAAAAAAAAUUAAAAAUAAAGUCAAAACAACAAAAAAAUGAGUAUUGAGGGGAUAUUAAUCACACCUGAAGGGGAUACUGGAUUUUCCAGGAUUUAUUGUGGACUGUUGUUGAUAUAUGCUGUACAGUAACCAACAAAACGUGUCGAAACUGAACUGAACCUUGUGUAGAAUGAAGAAAAAAAAAGAGCAAAAAACAAACAAAACAAUUCCACACACAAACACUUACCACGAGCAUUGUUACUCAUUUUGUAAUAUAUUAGUCUUUAUUUUCAUUUUUUGUAAAACUUAAAACAUCAUAUGUGCAUAAAGGAAGAAAAAAAAAGAAAAAAAGAAUCGAGAAUUAGGGGGAAAUAACAUUUUCCAAAUAAUUAUUAAAAAAAGAAAAUUGUCCUGUGUCUAUGUAUCUAUAUCUGUUUUGUAUUUUUUUCUGGUUCCAAACCAGGUUUCCUGUGAUUCUAUACUAAUAAUUUUUGAUAUAACCCUUUGCUUCUUAUAAUGAGUGCGAUAUAUGUUGUCGAAGCUGUUCUUCAAGAAUUAAAAUUGAAGUGAGAAUUUAAACAAAAAUAAAAGAAUUUAGGAAAAAAAAUCAACUUAUCACCCCACAA